GGACCUCGCAUUUGUGGCACACAGACUGUCUGCAAUAAAUAAGCCUCACCAUCUCUUAGUUAAAUACAAAAUCGUCCAACUGCUGCCUAUUUAUGAACGUAACGUCGAAACUCAGAGAGGCAAAGGCAAGUGAGAGAAAGAGAGAGAUGGGAGAAUCAUACAACGGCGUCUUCCAAGAAAUGGAGGAGACAGAACCAGUUAGCCCGACAGGCCAAUACUUCACCAGCUCUGUCAUUUCAGUUUCAGUCGUUGCUGUUCUGGAAUCACAACACCCAAUCGACGAUUCCCAGACCACGUCGUUGCUCCGACAUGUCUUUCUUCCCAUCAACCCUCGUUUCUCUUCUGUCAUGGUUAAGGACAAAAAUGGAAUAAAACACUGGAAGAAGGUGGAAGUGAAGCUCCAAGACCAUGUCAAAGUCCCCACCUUCCCACAAGGGAAGUCACCGGACUUCUACGACGGCUGCUUCACUGACUACUUGUCCAAAGUAGCAACUGACCAACUCCCACUCACCAAGCCAUUAUGGGAAAUUCACAUUGUCAAAUACCCUACAACCACUGCAGCUGGGAACGUUGUGUUCAAACUUCACCAUGCACUCGGCGAUGGCUAUUCUCUCAUGGGAGCUCUCCUUUCUUGCUUGCAGAGGGCAGACAAUCCCGCAAUCCCCCUUACCUUUCCUGCAUUCAACCCGAAAACGGAAGCUCGUCGUGCCCACGUUAGUAUCUGCAGAAAUUUCAGUCGGGCUGUGUCCGGAGUGAUCAAUACU